AUGUCAACCAAGUCACAUUCUCAAGAUGAAUUUGAAGAGAGUGGACCACCAUUCUUGUACCACGGUGAAUUUUACUCGGAUGAUUUGCAUCCGGAUGAAUCUUACCUAAACCAAGACGAAUCGUGCCAAGAAGAAUCUUACCUGAAUCAAGAUGAAACGUGCCAAGAUGAAUCAUAUCAAAGUGAUUCAUACCAAGAUAAAUCACAAUCUAAUGAAUCAUACCAAGGUGGCCCACAUCAAGACAAAUCUUUCUCAAAUGAAUCAUCAUCCCAGGCGGGACCUUCAACUUGCAAUGAAACCUAUACAAAUGACGG